AUGGCCAGCUUCAUUGCCAACAUGUUCCCCGGCAGCCAGGCCAAGUCUGCCAUGGGCGAGAGGCCGGCCACGCCAAACCGCAACAGCUUUAUCGAGCCCGCCUCGACGCCGCAGGGCAGCCCCAGCAAGAGGACUAUUCCUCCUGGUGCCAAUGAGCUUCCUGUCGCCUUCGACAAUGCCAUGAAGCUUGGCAGCAACACCGGCCUUGACAGUCCCUUGAGACUCCGACCCCAGACCUCGGCCGGCGCCUCUCCCUUGUCACCUGUGAGAAGCAACCUUCAGCCCGCCGAUGAUGACUAUUUCGGCACCGGCUCCCCUUCUACCGACGAGAGCAUCAUCCACAAGAACAAGGCAGGCAUCUCCGCCGGCAGUCCUCUGAAGAGACAUGGGCAAGAGAACACGCCGCCUUCGCGCAUCCCGGUCGUGGAUUCCAGCAGCAACUCGCCUUAUACAUACAAUCAGGCCGCCGUCUCGAGGCAGGAGCUAUAUCAGCCCCGAGAGCCCAGGCCACUGACUCAUUCGAACAAGAAGUUCAAUACCUCCCGCGGCCUGACCCCCGAGGAGCUGGAAAUACUGAAGAAGCCCAACGUCCGCCGCCUUGUCAAUGUCACGCAGCUAUACUUCCUCGACUACUACUUCGAUCUGCUGACUUAUGUCGGCUCGCGGCAAACCCGUCUGAACGCCUUCAAGGAGGAAUUCCCGGCGCCGCCAGAGACGGAUGAUGAGACAUACAAGCAGAUGUGGCAGAAGUACACCGGUCGCGAGCGUGCCAACCUCAGAAAACGACGUGUUCGCCUUCGACACGGCGACUUCCAGAUCCUCACACAGAUUGGUCAGGGAGGCUACGGUCAAGUCUACCUUGCUCAGAAGAAGGACACUAAAGAGGUGUGCGCUCUGAAGGUCAUGAGCAAGAAGCUUCUGUUCAAGCUCGAUGAGGUCCGCCAUGUCCUGACCGAACGAGACAUCCUUACUUCGGCCAAGAGCGAGUGGCUAGUUCGCCUGCUGUACUCUUUCCAGGAUGACAAGAGUAUCUAUCUUGCCAUGGAAUACGUACCAGGCGGAGACUUCCGGACGCUGCUCAACAACACGGGAGUUCUCUCCAAUCGCCAUGCCCGGUUCUACAUUGCUGAGAUGUUCUGCUCUGUCGACGCUCUGCACCAGUUGGGCUACAUUCACAGAGAUCUAAAGCCCGAGAACUUCUUGGUCGACUCCUCGGGCCACAUCAAAUUGACCGAUUUUGGUCUGGCUGCUGGAAUGUUGGCACCAGCAAGGGUCGAGUCGAUGCGCAUCAAGCUUGAGAAGGCUUCCGAGACCACCGUGCCCUUCGGCAAGCCCAUGGAUCAGCGCACCGUGGCAGAGCGCCGCGACGGGUACCGCUCGAUGCGUGAGAAGGAUGUGAAUUAUGCAAAGUCCAUAGUUGGAUCACCUGAUUACAUGGCUCCUGAGGUACUGAGGGGCGACGAGUAUGACUCCACUGUCGACUACUGGAGUCUGGGCUGCAUGCUGUUUGAAGCCCUCACUGGCUUCCCCCCUUUCGCCGGUUCGACGGCGGAUGAGACGUGGCGAAACCUCAAGCAUUGGAAGGAGGUGCUCAAGCGUCCUGUUUGGGAAGACCCCAACUACUUCCUCAGUAACAGAACUUGGAACUUCAUCACAACCUGUAUCAACUCGCGAUCCAAGCGCUUUUCCAGCUUCAAGGAGAUCACAGAGCAUCAAUACUUUGCAGAGGUAGACUGGGAGACCCUUCGACAGACCAAGGCGCCGUUUGUUCCCGAGCUGGACUCGGAAAUGGACGCGGGCUACUUCGAUGACUUCACCAAUGAAGCUGAUAUGGCCAAGUACAAGGAGGUCCAUGACAAACAACAGGCCCUUGAGACAAUGGCCGAUCGCGACGACGAGAUGGGCAAGGCACUCUUCGUCGGGUUCACCUUCCGCCAUCGUAAACCAGCAACAGAGGAUGGGUCUCCCCGCAAGCCCAUACCUAGAGACGACGUGUUCGGCACAAUGCUGUAG